GCGGCACUCCCCGUCAAACAUGCUUUUGGAGUUUUGUGUUUUUGAGUUUUUGACUGUUUUGCGGCUUUUCCUUCCACUUUGAAGUUGAAGCCUCUCUGCCUCUUUUGCUGCUACUCUGCUCCGCGUCUCUCAGAGAGAAAGGGAGCAUUUUCCGAUGCUUACUCCUCCUGGUUUCAAGAUUUGUUUUUUUUUUUGGUUCUGAUUCACGGGAGGAAAUUGUUGAGGAACUGAAGUAGAUUGAGGAAAACCCUUUAAUUUAGACUGGAAUUUGCACUUUCGAAGUUUUUCUCGAAGACGAAGACAGCUGCGCUAUUUAAUUGUUACGGUGUUCUCCUGGUUUUGAGUUAUCUCUAUGUUGUCUCCAUAUUUGAGGGCAUGCAAGGGGCAAUUCACAGUGGAUACCCAUCAUCUUUGCAAGAUCUGGAGAAGAAGCUUGACAGGUACUGUUUCUGAAUCACUUUUGCAACCACUUGGAGAUUUAAACGUGAUUGGGAGGCAUAGAUCUCUUUUUAGAUUUUUAUUUAUGGCUGGUGAAACCCUUGCAAGCCUUCCAAAUGGCAAUGCAAAUAUGCAUUUUGAUACCCAGAGGGCUUAUCAAGUUGUUGUAGCUGCAACCCAAAGUAUGGGUAUUGGGAAGGAUGGGAAAUUGCCGUGGAGGUUGCCUUCUGAUCUUAAAUUUUUCAAGGAGGUCACAAAAACUACUUCGGAUCCUCUGAAAAAGAAUGCGGUGAUAAUGGGUAGAAAGACAUGGGAAAGCAUUCCCCUAGAACAUCGGCCUCUGCCUGGUCGACUUAAUGUUGUUCUGACUCGUUCUGGGAGCUUUGACAUUGCCACUGCUGAGAAUGUUGUGAUAUGUGGAAGCUUGGUUUCAGCUUUAGAAUUGCUGGCAGCAUCUCCGUAUAGUCUGUCAAUAGAGAAAGUGUUUGUGAUUGGAGGUGGCCAGAUAUUUAAGGAAUCUCUUAAUGCACCUGGAUGUGAGGCCAUCCACAUUACAGAAAUUGAGACGAGCUUUGAAUGUGAUACUUUCAUCCCUCCAAUUGAUUUCUCAGUAUUUCAGCCAUGGUACUCAACUUUUCCAUUGGUAGAGAGCAACAUUCGAUUUUCUUUUGUUACUUAUGUCCGUGUGAGGGCUUCUACAUCUGUAAACAAUGGAGUAAUGUUUGAUGGUUGUUCUGAUAAUACUAAAUUUGAGAUAGAAAAGUUCUCUUUUUUGCCCAAGAUGAUUUUUGAGAGACAUCAGGAGUACUUGUAUCUUGGACUGGUUGAAGAUAUAAUUUUAAAUGGCAAUCAGAAGGAUGAUAGGACAGGGACUGGCACUGUAUCUAAAUUUGGUUGCCAGAUGGACUUUAAUCUUCGCAAAUCAUUCCCACUUCUUACAACUAAGAAAGUAUUCUGGCGAGGUGUUGUUGAGGAACUUUUGUGGUUCAUUAGUGGUUCUACAAAUGCGAAUGUUCUACAGGAAAAAGGCAUUCACAUAUGGGAUGGCAAUGCAUCUAGAGAUUACCUUGAUAGUAUUGGUUUCUCUGACCGAGAAGUGGGUGACUUGGGACCUAUAUAUGGGUUUCAAUGGAGGCACUUUGGUGCCAGGUAUACUGACAUGCAUGCUGACUACAGUGGACAAGGAUUUGACCAGUUGUUGGAUGUUAUUGACAAGAUCAAGAAUAACCCGAAUGAUCGGAGAAUUGUUCUUUCAGCUUGGAACCCAUCUGAUCUCAAAUUGAUGGCACUUCCACCUUGCCACAUGUUUGCACAGCCUGUUUUGCAGUUUUAUGUAGCCAAUGGGGAGCUGUCUUGUCAAAUGUAUCAGCGCUCUGCGGACAUGGGCCUUGGUGUGCCUUUUAAUAUUGCAUCUUAUGCUCUCUUAACAUGCAUGAUUGCUCAUGUUUGCGGGCUUGUUCCUGGUGAUUUCAAACAUGUUAUUGGUGAUGCACAUGUUUAUAAAACACACAUUAGGCCUUUACAGGAGCAGCUCCAGAAACUACCUAAACCUUUUCCGAUUCUAAAAAUCAAUCCUCAGAAGAAGGAUAUAGAUUCUUUUGUGGCGACUGAUUUCAAGCUCAUAGGUUAUGAUCCUCAUCAUAAAAUAGAUAUGAAAAUGGCAGUAUAGAGCUUGUAAAGCUCUUGAAAGUUUAGAAAUGGAAAUACUGGAGAUUCUCUUCAUCCUUCCAGCUAGAUCUCAUAGUUCCAGUGUUCUUGGGAAUUCAGGAGUUUAAAUCUAUGGUGGACUUUGAUUCAUUGCGAGGUUGAAAGUUAUGAAGGAUUUUGUUCUGCAUGAUUGAAGUUUGUUUUUGGUAAUAUCUUUAGGCAGCUGCAGGAUGUCUAUGAUUGUAGAGGUACAUGUAAAUAAAGAAGUGGAGUAUGGUUUUGCUUUUGACAUUACUUGUGCUGUGGUAGUUGAGCUAAAAAUGUGUUUUUUUUUGCUUUUUGGUGUUGUUUGGGGGGGGGGGGGUUUGAAAGGAAAGAACAAAUUGGAUAUGACCAUGGUCGUGUUCCUUUAAUCUUCCCUGAAAUCUCUAAUACCUUUUUAGAAGCUUCACUAGUUUUUAAAUGUUUACCCAAAAAAAAGAAGGAAAAGAUUGUAUUAAAUGAAUCUCCAGCUUCUUUUAUCUGAUUGUAGUAGGUAGGGGAGUUAUUUUGAGAA